AUGCUAUUGUUACAGUCAAUCAUUAUUGUAUUGGCGCAGUUAAGCCACAUCGCAUUAGCUGAUAUUUCUAUCACUAAACCAGAAGCUGGUGAUACUUAUUCACCAAGUAGUGGUGAGGUUACGAUUCCUAUCCAAUUCUCAGACAAUACAGAUUAUCCUACGGUCUCUGAUGUCAAUUUGUUUAAGAUUAAAAUAUGUACAGGUCCAAGUGGUGCUAUGAACUGUCCAUAUUCUAUAACACAAAAGUUGAGUCCAGCCCAAUUAAAGAAGACUAUCAGCACAGAGGAUGAUUCCACUGUCUUGUACGGUUAUAAUGUAACUUUCUCAAGUUCUGUGGUAGGUUCUGGUCAAUACUUCCUUCAAAUUAAUGGGUUAGUCGAUGCUAAUAACUAUGCCAUUCAUUAUAGUCCCAGAUUUCUUUUAAAAAAUAUGGCAGGGUCUGUUGGUACAAACACAUAUACUGGUUUAACCGCACCAGCUGCUCAAUAUAAUUUACCAAAGAAAGGUGCUGGUGGAAGUAUUGAUUCUAGAUCAUUUACCAUUCCUUAUACCUUACAAACAGGUAUUAGUAGAUUUGCUCCAAUGCAAAUGCAGCCAAAUACUACAGUGACAAAGACAACUUGGACGAAUAAAUAUCCAACUAGUGCUGUCACAUAUUAUUCCACCAUGAGAAAAUCUUUUCAACAAAAGACUACCAUUACACCAGGUUGGUCAUACACUUUCAUUAGUGAUUAUAAUUAUGCUACUGUGGCUGCAUGUCCAUCUGAUAAUGGUGGUUGGUAUGAACCUUCAAAGAGACAAAGUCUAUCAGUCAGAAAAGUCAAUAAUUAG